ACUAAACUGCAAAUCUCAAAGCGAACUAAGCAAGAAAAACUAAAAUAUAUACGCUAUGAGAAUUUUAUAAUUUAUUCAUUAAUAUAAGAACUUCAUAUGUUAGGAAAUAUAAUAACAGUAAAAUUUCGGACAUAUGCGUGCUGAUUGUUUUAUCAAUUUACAGGUCGCUUGCUCACAAGCGGCAUAAUUUUUAAUCAGAACAUAAUUUGCAUUCUUCCAGCUUUUGUUUGACAUUGUCUCCGUCCCAUAGAAUUCGAGAUUGUAGGUGACAGGAAUAGCUGCACUGACCGGAAAUAUAAGUGACCAUGUAAUAGGAAAAGAAGCAAAUCAUAAAACACCACUCUCAUCCUAUGAAAUUUCGAACUUUGAAUGCGUAACGUGCAUGAAAGAAAAAUUGACUUAUAAUUAAGUGCAAUUUACAUAGUCUUCCUAAUGGCGACCAUUCGUAGAUGUAUUUUGAGGUGCAUAAAUAAUUCACAUGAACCAAUAGUUUUACCACAUAUGGAGGAGGUGUUUAUUGGUAGAGCACCAAAUACAAAAAUCACAGACAAAAAAUGUUCCAGGAACCAAGUGAGUCUUUGUGCAGAUAUCAGUGCAUUGGAAGUGAGAAUUAAACAGGUGGGACCAAAUACUACUGGUGUCAAUGGCUUUGCACUUAAGAAGAGUGGUACCCAGGUUUUAAGACAUGGCGACAAACUGGAAAUUUUGCUUGGACAGUACAUACACAUAGUAGAAUUUGAGCCUCCACCAUCAGUAGAUGGGAAUAAGAGAAAACUUGAUGAAACCAGUAUAUUGAACAAGAAACUGUGUGGUGAAUCACUGGAAAAGGAUAGUGGACUGGCUACACCUAAAACAAGUUCAGAUAGUAAAUGGGAAACUAUUGAUAAUGGGAAACUUUUAAUUUAUACAUCAAAGCAUGUUGUAGCACAAUCAAAGAUUGCUGCUUAUGAUCUUGAUGGUACCAUAAUUGUUACUCAGUCAGGCCAUGUCUUUCCCAAAGACUGCAAUGACUGGAAGAUUGCAUUUAGUGAAGUUCCUGGAAAGUUAAAGCAGUUGCAUAAUGAUGGCUAUAAAAUUGUGUUCUUGACAAACCAAGCUGGAAUAGGUCGGGGCAGUCUUAAUCUAGAAGAUUUCAAAGCUAAAGUUGUUAGAAUUGUGAAUAAACUUGGUGUUCCAGUACAGACUUUCAUCUCUACUGGGAAGGGUAUCUACAGAAAGCCUGCUCCUGGAAUGUGGAAUGCUCUAGUAAGAAAGAAAAAUUGUGAUGUCCCUGUUGAUGUAUCUAAGUCUUUCUACUGUGGGGAUGCAGCUGGAAGGGAGGCUAACUGGGCUCCAAAAAAGAAGAAAGAUUUUUCAUCAUCAGAUAGACUUAUGGCACUUAAUUUAGGCCUGAAAUUUUACACACCUGAGGAGCACUUCUUGCAACAACGUCCUGCAACAUUCAAACUCCCAGAUUUCAACCCUUCAAUUCUUCAGACUGAUCUGCCACUAUAUGAACCAUGUGACAUAAAGCUUAUAUCUGACACAAAAGAGGUUGUGGUUCUUGUUGGAUCUCCUGGCUCUGGUAAGAGCUUUUUUGCAUCAACCUAUUUGGUUCCAGAAGGAUACCAUCAUGUGAACAGAGAUACACUGGGUUCUUUGCAGAAAUGUAUGUCAACUUUAGAAUCAGCACUCGCUGCAGGCAAGAGUGUAAUCAUUGAUAACACCAAUCCUGACAAGGAGUCAAGACAGAAAUUUAUUAGUGCAGCCCGUAAACAUGGUGUAAUGUGUCGUUGUUUUGUCCUGAAGACAAGCAUAGAACAUGCUAAACACAACAACAAGUUUCGAGAAUAUACAGAUGAUAAUCAUGAGCCAAUCAGUGAUAUGAUUAUCAACAUGUACAAAAAAAAGUAUGUCGAGCCAAACCAGGAUGAAGGGUUUGAUGAUAUUGUGAAGAUUAAUUUUAUACCAAAAUUUAAUGUUCCUGAAUUGGAGAAACUUUAUAAAAUGUAUUUACUGGAAAAGUAAUUAUGGUAACAGAAAUGUGCAACAACCUCUGUUGUUCUUAUUGAUAUUUAUUCCUGUCUCUUAUACUGUAUACUUAUAUAAUUUGUCUUAAGGACUUGUUUUUAAUUUUUGUAAUCUGAAAGCAGAAAAUUACCUUUUUGUCCAUCAAACACCAGAAACAAAGAACUGGUAGCUUAGGUAUAUGUUUUAAUGUGAAAUGACAGGAACCUGACUAUUCAUGAAAUGGAUAAAAAGGCAGGAAUUUCUUAUGGUUUAUGUCAAACUAUUUUAACUGAAGGUUUGUGAAUGAGACAUGUCUCAGUCAAGCUCAUUCCAUCACUAUUGACACACAGAAGCAGAAAGAAAACCACUUGUCUUUGGUUUCUGACUUGCAUGAGUUUGUAGGGAUCAGGGAUUGAGUGAAAUUAAUUACACUUUGCACACAACCAACAUUUUAUUGCAUGUCAGAUUCUAUAAAUGAAAAACAGCCUAUACAAUUAAUAUUUGACAUUUAUGAUUUAAACAUUUCUUUCAGCAAGAAAACAGAACACAAUCUCUAUACAGCAUUAAUCAGUGGAUAUUUUUUUUUACUUUUUUAAUUUAACUGUUAUCGUAUGAGGCUUAUCUUAUGACUACAAGGUUUGAAUGUGAAGCCUGAUGGAGCAAAUGAUUGUUUUGUAUUAUCAGGAAAAGAAUUUUUCUUCACUAUGAAAGUUUUCUGUCUAAGCCUUGCAAGUGUUGGCACCUUAUGUGAUUUAAGCCUGAAAUAAUGCUAGUCUUAAAAUAUGGCAAGGAGUGCAAGAUGAAAAUUUAUAAUUUUUGCUGCAUUAAAAGUUUUAAAACCUUGGUUGGUGUGUAAUGAUCACAGACAGUGCAAAAUAACAUGUAAACAAAUUAUCACAUAAUGGUAACAGUCUCCUGGGAUGUUUUGCCAUGUACCCUCAUACAAACUGACAAAACAUUUCAGAAGUGCUAACUGCUUUCAUCAUUAGGACAAUGAAAUAUCAGACAUUUUCUACAACAUCCCAAAAGACAGC